CCCCCGCCUCAGCGGCGAGUUUUCCUUCGGCGCUUCGCCGCGCAACUCCGGCGAGAAGUGGCCGUGCCCCGGGAGCCGCUUCGCGCAAGGUAAUUCUCUAAUGGACCAAUGAAAGCCAACGAUGACAAGUUGUGGUCAACAGUCCUUGAAUGUGCUGAUGGUUCUGCUUUCAUUCCUCUUAUCAGCAGUGUUGUCUGCACAUUUUCGGGUCUGCGAGCCGUAUACGGACUACAAAGGUCGCUACCACUUUGGUUUUCACUGCCCCCGUCUUUCUGACAAUAAAUCUUACAUCUUUUGCUGUCACCAUAACAACACAGUAUUUAAAUACUGCUGCAAUGAGACAGAAUUUCAGACUGUUAUGCAGAUGAACUUAACAGGGAACGCAGAUGGAUAUAUGCAUAACAACUACAGUGCACUGUUAGGAGUGUGGAUCUAUGGCUUUUUUGUGGUGAUCUUGCUGGUACUGGACCUUUUAUAUUACUCUUCAAUGAACUAUGAUAUUUGCAAAUUUUACCUGGCACGGUGGGGAAUCCAGGGAAAGUGGAUGACACAGGGACAGAGCCGAUGGAUUAACCCUGCUCAGGAUCCAAGCCAAGUACAGACACAGCCUCAGCCAGAGACACAGCCUCAAACUCAGCCACAGCCUCAAACAUCACAGACAGUACAUACUUUAAAAGGAGAUGCUUUAAGCCCACCCCUGAUGUCUUUUCAGAGUACAUCUGCCUGAAAAUUAUAUUGAUGUGCCUCAAGAUGGGAGAGGUAAGAUCAUACUUCACGGAGCAGCUUUCAAGAAAAACAACUAAAUGACAAGAGCUGAAAAAAAUGAUGGAUAAGCAGGAGAGAGAAAGACUGCGAGAGAGGUAUUCAGCAAGUCACCUGAAGAGAAAUACGAUUCAGACAACUUCUGUAGGCAAUGAUACAGAAAAAGUCUCCAGAAGAAAGUAGUCUGUAAGCAAUAUUUUAAUUCUAGACUGACAAUAGUAUCUCUGAAAGGAAGCAUCAUAUUUGAGGAAAUGUUCAAUGGGAAGAAAAUUAAGUUGCUCUGGCAAAUCCACACAAAGGUGGAAAAAGAUCACAAGACAAACCCUUGGUAGAUAACUUUUCUUUGCCUCCCCAUCCAUCUAUUGCCAGUUGAGCCUAAUCUAAGUGUCAGAAUACUGAAUGUGAGUUUUUCCAAAGUUCUCUGGUGAAUGUUUUGUCACAAUAGGGUAGAUGCUGGCAAUCCCCAUCACUGUUAGGCAUAUUGUCAUAUGCAUUACAAGGUUAAGUGAAGCCCUUUCAUCAAGUCAACUGCAGGGUAGCAAUCAUUUCAACCUUAAUACACAUUUUAAGAUAUUUGGCAAUGAUCUAAGACAUCAAACAUCUGAGCACAUCUUGGCUUCAGCUUCACACACCCUCCUGAUGAGAGGAGCUUUAUUAAGCAACACAGACAUCCCAUUGCACCCCCAUACUCUUUGAAGCUGAAAAAGAAAGAUAAGAAAAUAACUAUAUAUUUCAAAAGCAAUAAUACCAUUGUCCCUCUGCUUUACAAGGCAAUAAUCCAAUUCCCUCAGCCACCGACUAGCUUCAGAGUUUACCCCUCACAAAUCUAAGAAUUCAUUUGUAAGCCAGAAGGGCAAUGAUGCUACCACAGAAGUAUGUGGAGUACUUGGUCACUAGGUUGCAAUAGCUUGAUUUAAUUUUCCACAGGACAGGUUUAUUUUAAAAUUAUACAGUAUCAAUUACUUAAGCAAAUCCUGUGCAAUUCAAUUAUUUAAGAGAGAACCUGGCCAUGACAACCGAAGAGAAAUCAUCUAGAAAUCAUAACACAAAGCCAUGAUAAUGCCAAAUUAAUCCUUCAUGCCUAGUAUUUUCUCCUGCAAAUCUGAAAUACUUUAAAAUAACCAUAUAUUUUACUGUAUAAGCAACAUGAGGAACACCUUGUCAAUGAGCGAUCAAGUUUUCCUUUUGUACCUCUCUGAUUUGAGUGAAUUUCGGUCUUCUGUUGAACUCAAAAGCAAUAGGCUACUGAGUGAUUCAAGCUAAUUCACAGCUACUGGAGUGCAUGAUGGUACAUGACUAAAACCACGCAGGAUUAAAUAGUGCUGGGGGACCCAACAAAUCUGGAGACCACAGGAGUGCCCAGUCUUCAAGGAAGGCCCAAUCCGCGUAGGAUACCAAUAUGCACAUGCCCCUUUUCUUUGCAAACCAACCAGUAAAAAAUGCCACGUAUCACUGAGUAAGGGCAGGCAACAGCUAAUAAGAAAGAAUUCAAAUUACACCCUGCAGGCAUUAGACUCCCCAUCCUGUCCUGGGUAAGCUUAAGGCCUGGCCCAUUCUCUGUUCACAGAAGCUCCUGCGUAAGCACCUCUGCGUGCAACUCAGCUUUUAGAGCCGUAACAGAGCUGCCACAGAGCUACUGGGGUGUUCUACAGUGUGAGGAAUGUAGCACUUCAAAUAAAACAGAGUAAGUAUUUUUUAAACCUUGAUUGAUGCUAGACCUAAGAGAUUCUAGUUUUCUGAAAUUAAUCUUUCAUCAGAGCAUUACAGAACGUUCAAAGCACUUCAGCUGGGAACAAAAAGGACCUCCAGCAAAGACACACUAUAAGUAGCUUGCAGAUACUAGCAGGCAGUCUAGACUGCUCUCUCCUUGAUGAUGAGAGCUUCAGGAGGGAAAGGGCCAGUGCUCCUGGUGGUGGGAGAGCUAACCCUAUGAGAUGUAAGGUGGUGCUAUUAGUGUCAGCUUGCAAGAAAAGCAAAGGAAACCAAGUAGCUGGAAGCAGUGCCAUCCAUACCUCUGCCAGCAUCACAUCUUCUCCACACUCUCACGUUGGCUCCAAGAUCUACAACCCCUGCACACACUCAACAAAGUACGUAUCUACAGUAAUCAGUGUUACCCUGGCGCUUUGUAGUAGCUGUUUGCUCCUUUUUCAUUCUACCAGCACCUACUUUCAUUGUGAGGUGAUGACCGCCACAGAGAGCUUUGUAAAAAGCUUAUGUUCAUGAAGGAAUUUGUAUUAGAUACUGGUUUGUGUGACUUACUGUAUUUUGUAAGGGUUUUUUUCCCUUUGGGAAUUUGUGCGUUAUUAAUGAGCAGUUUUAUGCUUUACUUCUAGUACAUGUAUACCUUGUAACUGAUGUGCAUUUCGUUUGUUUGUUUUCUUCUAUUCUCUAUAUGGAGCCAGUUAAUAGAAGGUAGAUACUCUCUGGCUGAAAUUCUGAUUUUGCCUACCCGUUAAUUUAUGGAUAAAUCCAUGUCACAGCUGAUGAACAAGUGUUCAUCAACUGUGUUGUUAUAAUCAUCUGCUAGGCUUUCUAAUUCAGCAGAAUAUAAGAUCCUGAAUAAGACUAAUGCUUGUUGGGCCUUAAACUAAAGGGAAAUAGUGCACCACACGUCUUUCCCUACCACCAUCACUAUCGGCCCUUCUCCUUUAGCCUUUGGGACACUGCAGGAGAGCACUGGCUAGACAGUCACCUGACCACCUCAGCCAUCUGUGUAGCAGUGCUCUGAUAUCCCUCUGCAUUUAACUGAUCAAAAUUACGGUGAGCCAGAUAAACUGCAAUGAAUUCUUCAAUUAUUUCUGCAGAAAAAGACUGGUUCAAACACAAUACCCCUCUACAGAAAAAGACCCGGACUAAAAGAAAUAUAUUUUCCUCUAUGUUCAUCCUGAUAUAGUUGGAAAAACAAAGGAAAUAAAAUUAACAUUUACAUAAUUGUAUAAUUCCCUUGUACACCCUGUUUAACAAUGGCAGCUGUCUGACUCAGUGGCUAUUAACAACUUCCAUGCUCCAGAAACCUCCUUCCUUGUCCAACCAAUUUUCUCUCUUCAGUUUUACUGGGAACUGAGUGUCCAACUUCUUAAUAAUUGCUGUGCAUAAUGUAGGACAUAAAAAGUUAACUUAUAAAGCUUGUGCAGGACUUGAUGUUGUAAUUAACCAUCUUUCGUGCCUGGUUAUCGAUCUUACAAAAACAGUGAAAGCAAUCUGGCCUCUUAAUAUAUAUACUUCAGCAUAUUGUAGCAGCUAUUUUAGAUAACUGGUUUUAAUAGUUUUAUUAUGGCUGUAAUUUGUAUAUGAGACCUGUCCACUUGAAGAAGCGAUGAAGUAACAUGUCAAAGUGAUUUUUGCAGUCAGUUCUGUUUAGCCACCAGUGAUGGUGUAUGAAAAGUAAAGCAACAAAAACAAAACCUCACCCACUCGCCAGGAAGAAACAUCUUUUCUCAGCCUUUAAAAUUCUCUUGUAUAAGACAGGCAUUUCUUCUAGUCCUCUUUUUAAAGAAAUAGUAAAUCAUUAAGAAGAUAAUAUAUACAGUACAAUAGUCUAUUUUAAUAGUCUGCAGUCAAAUUUUAGGCUAACUAAGCUAACUAGAAAUUCUAGGGUUACAGUGAUUUCUCAGUCUAUUAAUACAUUGACAAUAAUACUGUUUACAUAACACUCGAUGUUUGAAAUCAGUACGUGCCAGUGUCCAGUGAUUUGCUAAUCUAGUUUUUGAUCUAAUCCUGUCCUAUUUUUUGCAGCAUUCUCUAACUUCAUAUUAUGAAUCAUGUUGUCUUUCUAAAGUGAUUGCUAAGUAAACCAAAAAAUGUGUUUUACACUGCUAUUGCACUGCUCUUGUCUUUAUAUACGGUAGUUUUUAUAAAGACGUCCUUAGGUUUUAAUAAAUGAGUGUAACGUAAACUAAUCUCUGUAAUAAAACUUGCUUUAAUGUUUCAAA